AUGGAUGACAGGAGCUCUCGACUUCUUGCCUCGUGCUGGUCACUGGUGGCUGCGAGCGCCAUAUUCCUCACCUUGCGUGUCUACUGCAAGUUAUGGCGUGGCAGAGGAUUGUGGUGGGACGACCAUCUGAUGAUCGUUGCCUGGUUGGCUUUGGCAAUUGCAGUAUCGAUAAAUACGUAUAUUGUAUCCCUUGGAUUCGGUCGCCACAUAUGGACGAUAAGUGACGAGAACCUGAAAACGAUCAAUCUAAACACGAUUCUUGUUGCCGCCUUUGGACUCAUGUCAACUUCUAUCAGCAAAACGUCGUUCGCAGUUACCUUGUACCGAAUUGUUACAAACAUAUGGGUGAAGCGGUUUCUUAUCUUUGUCAUCGUGACAAUAAAUCUAUCGAUGAAUCUGGUUUGGGUUUUCGGCUUCGCCAAAUGUACACCUAUCGAAAAGGUGUGGGAUAGCAGCGUGCCUGGCACAUGCUGGAACAAGACAAGUCUGAACAAAUAUCAGCUUUUUGCAGCCUACUAUUCCUCGAUCCUAGAUUUUGUGCUGGCCUUUCUUCCCUGGAAAAUACUCAUGGGUAUGACAAUGCUUCGUCGCGAGAAGUUCGGAGUAGCUGUUGCAAUGAGUAUGGGAGCGAUAGCUGGUGCGACUGGUAUUGUUAAGGCAGUUCUGGUGGUCAGCAUGACAAGCACUGAUAUCACCUACGAUCGUGUUGACCUUACCAUAUGGACGCUUGCGGAACCUGCGGUCACUAUCAUGGCUGCUUCUAUACCAGUAUUGAGAAUGCUGUACCACGAGCUCAAGUCAAGUCAAAAAAGUUACUUCCGAAGCAAAUCACAAUCAAAUACGCAGCCCAAUGGCGCAACAGGGAAUAUUUAUGCCAAGAGAGGAACUAUGUAUGGCCGCAACUCGCACUACGGCCGUAAUUCUGUUGUCAUCAUGUCAACUACAGGGUGGCAGGAGUCCCAAGAGGCGCUACAGGACGUCGGAACUCCUCGAACUGAGGAUUCUCCGAAUAUGAGCGGCAUCGUUAAGACAGAGGAGGUCAGCGUGGAGCAUCAACGUCUGAGCAAACUCAGUGGUGUGGACUCUGUUGAGAUGCACAGUCUGGAACCAAUCCACCAUAACGGGAAGAGCGACGCGGUUUAA